AACCCCCGCGCGGCCCAAUCGGGGGAGGCGGUGGGCUGCGGCGCGAGGCGGAGGGGAGCCGAGCGCGGCCGCUGAUUGGCUGGGCGCCGGGGUCAGCCCCUGCCCGGUGACCCCGGAGUGAGGAGAGGAGGUGGCUCCUUCUCAGUCAGUCAGUCGGUCGAUGCAAAGUGAUUCCCCCUCCGCAGCCGCUUCUCUUCUUCGCCCUCCCAGCCGUGCCUACGGCUCCCUUCUCCUCCUCUAGUACGCAAGCCCUUUCCCCCCUUGCCCCGCCAGCGAGGGGGCGAAGUGGCCGCGGGCUGGCGGCUGGGCCGGGCCCGUGAGUGACUGAGAGAGAAAGAGAGAGACGGAAAGACAGACAGGCUCAUGCCGUUGCAGAAUAAAUUCGCAGAUUUUGAAUCCAAAACAAAAGUCAAGAGGCAAAGAUGUAAUGGAAGAACCCAGUAUCCAGGAAAGCAGUUCGCUUGACACAUUAUACCUGCCAACAAGGUUAUGUAUAAUGAAGAUGGGAAAUACAACUAACAAAAAGUGACCUCUGGUUAUAAGUAGCAGGUGACCUGUGAGACCUCAUGAUCCUUCUUUAGGAGGCAGAUUCUGCGAGGAUGUUACAUCACCACUGCCGGAGGAACCCCGAACUACAGGAGGAAUUGCAGAUUCAGGCUGCGGUGGCUGCUGGAGAUGUUCACACUGUGCGCAAGAUGCUAGAGCAGGGCUAUUCUCCAAACGGUCGAGAUGCCAAUGGCUGGACCUUGCUCCAUUUCUCAGCAGCAAGAGGAAAAGAAAGAUGUGUCCGUGUAUUCCUCGAACAUGGAGCUGAUCCCACAGUGAAAGACUUAAUUGGAGGCUUCACUGCUCUACAUUAUGCAGCUAUGCACGGCCGAGCUCGGAUUGCACGCCUAAUGCUGGAAUCAGACUACCGCGUUGAUAUCAUUAAUGCAAAAAGUAAUGAUGGCUGGACUCCUCUGCAUGUGGCUGCUCACUAUGGCAGAGAUUCGUUUGUCCGUCUCCUGCUGGAAUUCAAGGCUGAGGUUGAUCCACUCAGUGACAAAGGUACUACACCACUUCAACUGGCUAUUAUCCGCGAAAGGUCCAGCUGUGUCAAAAUACUCCUAGAUCACAAUGCCAACAUUGACAUUCAGAACGGCUUCCUGUUGCGCUAUGCUGUGAUCAAAAGCAAUCAUUCUUACUGCCGGAUGUUCCUUCAGAGAGGGGCUGAUACAAACUUGGGGCGCUUAGAAGACGGGCAGACACCAUUGCACUUGUCUGCUCUUAGGGAUGAUGUACUCUGUGCACAGAUGUUAUACAACUAUGGUGCAGACACUAAUACAAAGAACUAUGAAGGACAGACUCCGCUGGCAGUUUCAAUAAGUAUUUCUGGAAGUAGCCGACCUUGUUUGGAUUUCCUACAGGAAGUAACAAGGCAGCCACGGAACUUACAAGAUCUAUGCCGAAUUAAAAUCCGCCAGUGUAUAGGCCUUCAAAACCUCAAACUACUUGAUGAACUACCAAUUGCCAAGGUUAUGAAAGACUACUUAAAACACAAAUUUGACGAUAUCUGACAUUUUUGCAAAAACGUUGGACGAUAAGCAAGAUUAGUUUAUACUCCAGAUACCUUUCAAAGGCUGGUCACCUUGCACAACGUAUAUCCUAUGCAAUUUCUGAUUUUUUUUUGUUUUUCCCGAGAAGUCAGAAGGCAGGUAUACAAUUUCUUUGGGAGGGGGGUGUUUUAUACCAAAUGCUAGGUCUUACUUUUUUGUUAUUUCUUGGUCCAAGUUUACAAGAUCCAAGCUCUCUACACAACUUUACGAUUGUAGUUUGGUUUCCCCAACCCCCCUCCACAGGGGUGAGUAUCUUAUUUUUUUAUUUUUAGAACACUUAAACUUUCAGCUUUGAAAUGAAGACAGAAUGUCAGUUUUUCAAAGGGAUCCUUCCCCUACCCCAAUGUAGCAUGUGUAAUACUGUGAGAUGGCUGAGUGAAUGCUAAACAAAGUAAAAGUGGGAGACUUAAGGGAGUAAUCCACAACACACUACUGUUGUAUAGCCUCUGUUCCAUGGGGAAUCCCAGGCAGGACCCUCUGAAAUGAAGGAUCUACAUAGCAGCAGUGCUUACUGGAUUAAGCCUACUAGCAUUGCUCCCGUGCCAAGGACCAAUAUGGGUAUCCGCUUCUUCCUCAUAAGGAGUCCUGGCAAUUGAUUGGGUUCCAUAUGGUCACUAUUUUCUACCCAUAAGGUGCUUUUCUCAGAAUCAUGGCUCAGGCUUGUAACUAGGGUGUUCAGAGUUUACCAUAAACACGAUAGCCCUUUGGAAACAUUGCCACCUUCAUUGUUUUUUUCCUUCCCUUAAAAAAUAAAAUACAAGUUGGAUCUUUAACAUAAUAAUUGUAGUUCCGAUGUCCAUAUGUCUUAUCCUUCCUUUGAUGCCAGUAUGUUCGCUGCUGUUUGUAAUUAGGUUUUACACUGCUCAGAUGCCUCUGUGGUCUCUCUGUAUUUCUUUUUUUAUAAAAACAUUAAUGGAAAACUAAUCCAAUUUCAAAGCCGAUGCAUCCUGUUUCUCAUAUGCAAUAUUUUUUCCCCAAUUUAUAUUUUCUCCAUCACACAUGUGACUCACACACAUUCCUACCCUGGUCUCAAUAUGAUGUUCCUUACUUAUUGGAAUUGCUGCUUGCUUAUUGGGAUAUAUAUAGAUAUUUUUGUUACCCCUCCCAAAUUUCAAAGGCAUCUAGUUUGGACUGUUGUGGCUCACUUCUGAGCUCACUUCUUCUUCCCCACCCUUCAUCCCCAUGCAAGAGGCUAAUCUGUAGUAUUCUUAAAACCAGAAUCUGGUCUAGCAAUUGGGUUUCCAUAUUUUUAAAAGGGCUCCAUAACCUGAAACCUGUUGUGUUUUCAGCUUGCUUGAUGUUAAUUAGGACUUUGGGCUGAUUCACCAAACUCCUAAUUUGCUCUUAUGGGCUGUGAUGUAAAUACAGCAUCUCAAAAUACCUUCGCUGACAGGCAGAUCUGUAAAAUUUACCAUAAAUCUAUAGGUCACAGAUCUAAAUGGGAACCUUGUAUGAACGAUUAAGUUCCAUAAGUAUGUUGAAGCAUAAAUAAUUGGCCAUACCCAUGGAAAACUUAGCCGCGGCACCUGGACCUUUUUUCUUUUGAAGAUUCUAUAUAUAACCCCACUGUAAUGAGACUUUCUCACUAGGAAGAGGAUAAGCUUCUGAGCACAAAUCUAAAUCUGCAAGAACCCAGCCUGUGCUUUUUAGGCUGAAACUGGCACAUGUUUAAUUAUGGCACAGGUUACUAGUCACACCUUGGGUAAAGCCUGCAGUUUGAUAGGAGGUGAGAUUACAAAGGAAAUGAGUUUAUAAAAGUUAUCCUCUGUAUGCCAGUGGCUUUAGCAUCCUGAGCUUUGGAAUUCCAUCUGAGAUUCAACAUGGGGAACAUUAUUAGUUCUCUCUGCAGUUUGCAAUCACUUUUCCACCACUCGUUUCUUGAAGGGGAACAGAAGUCAGUAAUUUAGGAUCAAUAGAGCUAUGUAAUUGAUGCAGCAUUAAUUUCCAUUCUCAUAAGCAUCAAUCCUGUUGCUGUCAAUCAAUUACAAGGAAAUAAGGUGGCAAAUGACAAAUUUUUGCUCAGCAACCACUGACUUAGAGUGCAAGGUAUAUCCUCCCAACACACAUACCUCCCCCUCUCCCUUGUCACGAUUCUACUUUAGAGGGAUGUAUGUUGUUGUUGUUUUUUUAAAAAAAGGAAUUUCAAUGGCCAUCUAGUACCUCAUUCUAUUCUAUUCUGUUUCGUUUGCCCUUAAUUGGAACAGCAUUCAAGCUACGUAUGCUUCAUCAGAUGGUCUUUAGUGAAUACAAGGGUUUCGCAAGUCUGGACAACAAGGUCCCUGUUUCUUGUGAUAAGGAGCUAGGAGCAACUUGUCUGUUUUGAUCUUCAAGGAAAUGUUCACAAAAGCCUCCCAAUCUCUUCUAAUUUUUAAUUUUUAUGUUCUUUGGUAUCCUAAGGCCCCAAUCCAGUUUACUGGCGAUUCAGGCUUUGAUCAGUUUCGUUGACUUUCUUAAAGUGAUGGUGCAUUCUUACCAGCCUAGUAGUCUUUACUGGUUCAGGGAUCAAUUGUAAGGUGAAUUUUAUUCUGUCUUGCUGCUGUGACUUCAAAAAAUAUAUAUAAAGUGUAUUGCUGAUAACAAAAGUGCUAUUUAAUGAAAUGUAUAAUUCCAUUUAUUUAUUUGUUUGAGGUUUGUUUUCACGUCUCUCCCCUUGCCCCAAUGUUUUAAGAAUUGACACACUUUGAAUGAAGUACAUCCUAGGCCAUAUAGUAAAAUUCCCUUAACCCUACUGUGUUAUCCAUUAUUUCAGUAAAGCCAUUUUACUAGCUGAAGGCAAAGUGGGGAGGGGUAACCUUGGGUCCCAGUUCCUAAGAAAAUCAAGCCUUUGACUUAUUAACUGGGUAGUUGGUUGUCUUUCUUUUUAAUGUACAGGAGAUUCCAUAGCAUAUGCACCAUGUUGAAUUGGGGUCAAAGGGCAGAAUGUGCAUUGUGCAUAUCUCCAUGCAAGCCCAACUGGAUGAGGGGUUAUACAGCCUGAAAGAUUGGUACCUCUUUGAGCAAACAUAACUUCUUUUUGAGAAGAGAUUCAGAGUGAAAUGAUGUUGAUGUAUUUUGAUUUUACCACUAAAAGAUGAUGGAAGCUUUCCAUUAAAUGUUUUGGCUUAAAUUCCAAAAAAGAAAAAAGAUAAGAGCAUUUAUCCCACUUCUUUAAUAUUUAACAUUUUUAUAUAUCUUUUUUUAAAAAAACAAAACAAAACACAAAUUGGCAAACACACCAAAGAAAUGGACAAGAUGAAGAUCAUUAGCAAACCACAAACCUCAUUCUUUUAAAAACAAAACCAGAGUUUUGUAAAUAUUUCUGUUUAUAAAUGUACAGCAGAGUAAGAGUCUGUUUUUUAGAUUAUUUAAUUAGCAUAUUUCUAAUCUAUUUACAAUAUUAGAGACCAUAUUUGUAAAUUCCCAAGGCUUCUGUUUCAUUUUUCAUUUUUGGCUUAUUUCAUUAUUCAUAUUAGGAACAAUCUGCCCUCAUAGGGACAGCAUGAAGACACAGCAUUUUGUAUUUGUUGGUUUUUGGUACUUCAUACACACAAAGAUGCCCAGUGUAGGAGUAACUGUGGCUCCCUGCAAGUGUUGGUUUGCAAAUUAGAAACCAGCUACAUGAACAAGUUUUUCCUUCUCUAAGCACAAAAUCUCUUCCACCACCCCCAUUCAUUUUAAUGCUAUAUCUGCACCAGUGCUAACCAGGAUUCCCCUUGUCUAUGUCAAAUCCUGGUUAAGAUGGCAACCUUAUUUUAGCAUUAACCACAAUGCAGGUGCAAUGUUUAAACCAUAGUUAAAGCUGACACUGGACAACGAGAAGGAAAUAAUCCUUGAUAGAGAAGGAGUGAGAAGGACCCACAUUCCUUAAGCAAAGCCAUGUUUACAAAUCAUGGCUUACCUUACAGAGAGCCAGCAUUUCGUUUGCACCAGCCUCAAGUGAUUGAGAAUACAGUCCACUGGGAACGUUGCCUACAGAAGCACACUUGAAGCAAAUUGGUGAUUCUUGUCUGUGGCAAGCUCCGGUUCCUCUCAGCGGAGCAUGAGAUGGAGACCUUUGCUGUGGAUUUUAUGUCAGGUUUUAAUGAAGGGUGGGCUAAUGAAACCUGAAAUCCCAGUCUAACUCAAUAUGGUCAGUGUGUUGCAAACUUCACUGUCAGAAGGAUGAUGUACCAUUUUGCCCACCAUUCUUAUCUUCCAUGCUGUUCUUUCUGUGUUAGCAGCAUCAUAACGUAUUUUGUUCUUCCUUUUGUAAUGUAAGGUUUUGCGUUGGGUCAUUUUGAAUUAAAAUAAUUACCAAAUUCUUUUAAAUCUGCUCCAUUUCUUUCUUUUUUUAAAAAAAACAUUCGAAAGUUUUCUUUAUAUUGCAAUAGUUGGGGAGGAUUACCUCAGUAGCUGUAUUCUGUAAAUAUUGUACUUGAAGCAUGGCCAUCAAUUUCUGGGCUUAGAUCUUUCCCUGGCUGUUGAAAUUGUGUACUUCUUAGACCUGGAAUUUAGUGAUAGUCUCAGGAAAAAAACUAGGAUGGAUGGAUUUAAACCAUAGUAAUUUAUAUCAGCAAUUUAAAUUACCAAGAAGAAAGUCUAUGUCAAGUAAUCAAUUAAAUUCCAAAUUCUCCAUUUAUUAUUAGAUGCUCCCUAAUUAAAAUUGCACACCAAGGUUCCUGUUACCAUAAAAAAUGGAAAACUUUCAGAGGGUACACUAUACAUUUCCUAAGUAUGGUCUAAAAGAAAUGCUUAUUUUUAGAUUAGAUUUACUCUCUGUUAAUGGGAAGAACUGGAUGACCGUAGCACUGUUACAGUACUGUAUCACAGUAAAUGUAUUUAAUGAAAAUAAACACAUGUGGGGUAUAUAACUGCCCUGCCCACACACACACACACACCACUGCAAAACAUCAAUCUCAUUCAGACACAAGGACAGGUGGAGACAGACCAUGAGAUGGAAGGUAAAUUUCAAUGGUUUAGGGCUGAUACUUGGUUAUAAAUUGGGGUGAGGGGAGUCUGUAUCCCAAGUGCAGCCUCAGGGACAUGCUCAGCUGUCCUGCAACCCUCCAUCACAGCAAUUAGGCUUGGAAUAGGUACCCCAUUGAAGCAAAAGGGAGACUGUUAUUCAAGCCAAAUUGCUUCCAGAGUGGGGGGAUCUUUGUGUAUAUUGCAGCUGGGGUAGGAUGUAUAAAUGUAAUAUCCUGCAGUCUCUGUGAGGAUCUCCCCUUUCUCCUAGCAAUUAGAACUGGGGAAACCUCAAAUGCUUUUUCAAGUCUAAUAUGGGGGGGGGAGCUAUGGGGUGUGUGAUAAGUUGUGAAGUGUAUGAAUGGAAGUGUGUGUUAUAUGUGUAUGAGAGUAGGUUGCCCCACCCACACUGGCCCUUCCCACUGUUGGUAUGUGACCUCUUUCAGAAGGUUAGCAAUGAGAUAAUCAUAAAUAUUUACCGGGCUAAUUGGAGUUUGGCAUGAAAUAAGAGUAAAAUUUCACAUGGUGAUCAAUCACUGGGCUAACUUGCUGGUCCCUGGUCCAGAUAACAAGCCAUAUAUUCAUGAACUAUUGGAAUGUAUAAUGACUGAUGAUUAUGAUUUAUCCCUAGUUUACUAAUAAAAGUAGCAUCUCAUAAGUGGGUCAUCAUAGGUUUGCAUUAAGUGCACAUUGCAUUUAACAUCAAUUUAUUCAGGAAACAAACUUAUAACUGAAUCUUUUAAAAAGAAAUCUGGUUUAUUUGUCCACCCUGUACAAAAGUGAGAAUUGACUCGGGAACCGUAUAUAGACACAUCUGGUAUCAUAAAACCUGUUCUUCUGCAAAAUGUCAUGUCCUAGCAGGGAGCUUUCUGUAUCCCAUGGCAAUGCUUUAGCAAUGAUGAACCAUUUUUGUUUGUAUCUUAAGAAUCUGAAAGAGCCAGCUAUGCUUCUCCCAGUGGCAGAUAGAAAGUUUGCAUUUAGCCCAGAAAUGGAAAACAUGUGGCUCUCCAGAUGUUGUUGGACUCGCAACUCUCAUCAGCCCCAGCAAGCCUUGCCCACUGAUCACAGAUUAUGGGAGCUGUAGGGCCACAGGUUUCCCAUCCCCUAGUCGUAGGAGUGUUGAUAUUGACUGACAAACGGUGAUCCCCUCUUCUACAGCUUUUGGCCUGGACAAAGAGUGGCCUGGGAAGGUUUGCUGCCCUGGUCAAAGAGCAUACGAGUGCUGCUUUUGAUGCAGCAGGUGCUCUGUCAUUCUGACAGAACCAUUGUGGGUGGGCAGGGGAGGAAUCAUAGGCUUCAAGUUGGGCAUCCUUGAUUGGCCUUGAUACCAUUAAUUAACACCUGUCCUGUCCUGGACUACCAAAAGGUGAGGUGCUGUUUUGCUUUGUCUCAAAUGUCCUACGUCCCUUCUUCCUGCUUGCACUUGAUCUAGCACUUG